AUGUCCUCUUCAACACAGCCAUGCCCCAUUGAUGAGACCAUACCCAUCGUUCUCGAGUGGAAAUGCGACGACGACGGCGACGGCCUCACACAUUAUCUGGCCAAGCCAGACCCCAAGAUUGACGACAUCACACUCAAGACUCGUUUGAGCGAGAGCGCCUUGUUCGAGCUACGCUUCCCCGUUAAUCUCAAGGGCGUCGAAGGGGUCACGUCUAUCACAAUGUCCAUCCACCCGUCGUCCAUCACAUCGUUCGAGUUCGCACCUGCCACAACACCCCCCGACGCAGCGAAGGAAAAGUUCAAUGGCGGAAUAAAUCGCCUUGCAUUUCGAACGAACAAGCUCAUGCAGGUCCUCGCCCCUAUUCCUGCGAUAGAGCCACUGGCGCCAGCGCGAGCGCAGUCCGGCAAAGUCGUCGAUGCUAUCCGCACACUUUCCACUGCGAGAGCUUUCAUAGUGUAUAUAGACGAGAAGAAGUUAUCGAAUGAACAACUCCAAUGCAUCCGCGACGCCGUGAACCAAGGUGGCUUGACGCCCUUCCCCGACCGAAAUGAUCUUGCGAGCAUGUAUCAUGGUACUGGAGCCAAGUUCGUCAGCCUUGCCGAUAUCCCGCAAAUACCGCAAAUCUCCGACGCGCCUCCAUCCUAUUGCGACAGCGAACCACCGCCGCCUCCUCCUCCCAUCAACGAGAAGAAGCGUCGCCGAGUCGAUAGCGAAAGCAAAGGCAAAGACAGCGACGCGAUUUCUGAGAUUUGGGCUGAGCUCAAAGCACGAGACGAACGCGACCGAACCGUACAACUCGAGCUGUCAGAUUUAAAGCAGGAGAAUAAAUCCCUGCGAGAAGCGCUCGAGCAGAUCCGUCACCAAGUUGCCACGUUCCACCAGAACCUGGAUGACUUGAAACAGGAUGUAGGGCACCUUCAAGGUCAAGAUAAGUACAAUACAGACACGUUGGAAGGGUACGAUACAAGGCUGGUCGAGUUGCGUGAUGAUCUGGAGGAUCUUGAUGCCAAGGUCGAUUCAAUCCAAGAGCAUCGCGACGAGAACGGUGUGGCUCGCGACUUUCUUGAUAAAGUCCGCAGCGACGUGUACGAUGAUAUUAUCACGCGUCUCACGGGCUGA